CUUAAGUUGGUCGCCAUGACGACGACGAAAUGUCUUGGCCGAGUCCCUAAGUGGUCAGUUUCGUUCUGCGAAAUUUCCCGGGGUGCCUCGCGGUCGGGUGCACUUUGUCGCCAGUGUGAGCGGUGUUGCCGACGGUGGGGAGAGAGUUGGUCUGCGGUUCCGCACAUGAAACUCCCGCCGUAAACCUGCCCCUGCACGAUUUCGCGCUUCUUUCACCAGCAGGUGUCGAAAAUGAAGCCGCUAGCGUUGGACGGGCAGCGGAGAGAGGACGGCCUGACGAAGAGCGCGAACCAGAAACCGCGCGGCGGGCGCCAGGUGACGUUUCAGGGGGUGUUUAAUGGCGCAGUGUGCGUGGCUUUUGUCAUCAUGACCGUCGGCUGUGCGGGCUUGUUUUGCCGUAUGACGCAGAUGGAGACAGAGCUGCAAGACCUUCGCCGCGCGUGCACGCCGAUGUCUGACGGCGGCAAGGCCGUAGGCACAACGUCGGACUCCCCGCCAGACGGCCCGGCUCACCUGCCGCAAGAACAGAACAACAACAAUAGACAGGCUCACAGCCUCCGCAGAAGAGACGCCGAGGGAGGACCGACCGAAUCGCCGAAGAGGAGGAAGCGUCAGAAGGGGAGUCGCAGGAGAAACAAGUGCCAGAAGUGCAAAGGUAAAAAAGGCGACGCCGGCCCACCCGGUCCACCCGGGGCGCGGGGCCCGGCUGGUCCGGCCGGGAACUUCACUUCGACCUUCGCACAUUUCAAGAGCAGCGGAGGACGGACCGCAUUGGAGUCAGCCACCCUAAACAACUGGAUCCUGGCAGACUGGGCGAACGAAGAGAAUUUCCCCGUGGCGAGCAGCGGAGAAAUCACGGUGGAGAAACCCGGCAUCUACUUCAUAUACAGUCAGAUCGUAUUCUACGAGAAGCAUCACCUGGUGUCGUACCAGGUGUGCGUGGACGGCAGCAUGUACCUGACAUGUAACGAGAGCGUGGAGAACGUCACCACCGACGUCACGGGGCGCUACAAGACGUGUUACGUCGCCGGACUGGCGCCUCUUCAGGCCGGGGCGAGGGUCGAGGUGCGGCUUCCCACGGAGAACAUGUUCGCGCUGCUGUUCCACGAUACAACCUACCUGGGGCUCAUCAAAGUAGCGGAACUACCGUCAACUUAGUCUGAACAUUUUGUU